AUGUUCACCAAGAGCGCAAUCCCGCUGCUCUUCAAUCGGCACGCACCCCACUUGGACCCUAAUUCAUAUAUUGCAGCGGCUCAAGUAUUCCCAAUGCGCCUCAACAGCCAUGUUGCAGAGGACCUCAUUGAUUGGAGCAACACCCCACAAGAUCCCAUGUUCCAGCUGGCGAUUCCACAGCCAGCAAUGCUCGGUCCAACAGACCUGCAAAAAAUGAUGGCGGCACUUCAGAAAGAGUUGCCAAAGACAGACUUGCAACAGAUUGCGGAGGAAAUCCGCAAGAAAUUAAAUCCCCACCCAGCCAACCAAAAAACUGAGAAUGUACCUCGAUUAAGAGGUGAAGAGAUGCCUGGAAUGCAGCAUAAAUAUCGAGAGACAGUCUUGUUCUUUCCCUCAGAGGGACAAUUUUGCCAUGCUUUCUGUACCUACUGCUUCCGCUGGGCUCAAUUCACUUCGGUUGGCUCUUCCCAGACAUUUAAAUCGAACAAUGGUGAGCAGCUACGAGAUUACAUAUCAAGCAUGCCCCAAGUCAGAGAUGUUUUGUUCACUGGUGGAGAUCCGAUGGUCAUGCCAGCUCGUAUUCUGGCAUCAUACAUCGACCCACUCAUCUCCAAUGGGGCACCAUCGCAUCUUGAAACUAUCCGCAUUGGUUCUAAGUCGCUAGCUUGGUGGCCAUACAAGUACACGACCGAUGCGGAUGCCAAAGAGAUACUAGGUAUAUUCGAGCGAGUUGUCAAGUCCGGACGUCAACUCGCCUUUCAAGCGCACUUCAGCCAUCCACGAGAACUUGAACAUCCAGCAGCCCAGGAAGCUAUCCGACAAAUACGCAUGACGGGAGCCCAGAUUCGAGGCCAAGCACCCUUGAUUAGACACGUUAAUGACUCUUCUCAAGUGUGGAGAAAUAUGUGGAAUCUCCAAGCCAAAUUGGGCAUUGUUCCAUACUAUAUGUUUGUCGAGAGGGAUACGGGAGCUUCACAUUAUUGGAACGUCCCACUGGAUCGUGCACAUCGCAUCUUCAGCGAGGCCUACUCCGGUCUGGCAGGAACUGCACGAACAGUUCGAGGGCCUUCUAUGUCUGCGUCACCGGGGAAAGUCGGUAUUCUAGGUGUGGAAAAUGUGAGGGGAGAGACAGUCUUUGUCCUGAAAUUUUGGCAAGCACGAGAUCCUUCCUGGGUUGGGCGAGUGUUUUUUGCCAAAUAUGAUGCCAAAGCCACAUGGCUAAGUGAUCUCGAACCUGCUUUUGGAGAAGCAGAGUUCUUCUACGAACCUCGUUAUAAAGAGCUGACAACAUUGAUGAAAGAUGGUUCCUCUGGGCAAUUAUUAAACUCGAUAAGCCCAUAG